AUGAAAGCCUUGCCGUCAGAUUUUCCGCCGACAACUACGUUAUCAGUUCACUUCGAGAGCAUUGUCAAGAACAACUUCGAUCCCUUCAGGGAACCCUUGCUGGCUAUCCCGGAUGAUGAGCUGAACUCCCCAGAGCUGCUUCCUCUGCUACAAUCGUUGAAGUUCAUGAAAGCCAACUACCACCACCACGACGACCCAGCACAAUUCUGCUACGACGCAUUGAGAAUUGGCAAUGAAACGUCUGAGAAACAAGUGCCCUCGGCGCUCGACAUGCUGGAUACGUUCAAAGAAGCAGUUGAGCACGCCAGGGUCUCAAAACGUGGGUUGCCGCUCCGGGAAGCCCUGGCUGCGUGCAUCGCCGCUUACAACAAAGGGGUGGCCAGGAAGUUCAAAGUGGACACGAAAAAGAAGAGUCUUCUUCUCAAUCUUAUGCGGGCGCCUGAAGAGUUCAUCCAGCACGUGGACAAGCACUACGACCGCCACAAGCAUUCGCAGUUGUCAGCUCCUCUUCGUGCCGAGAAUCAAGCGAAGAAGAAAGCUCAGAACAAGCCAUUAGUGACUGCUGCUGCUGCAAACUUGCAAUUGCAGCACUUGGCAAGUUUGGCUGCGUCGGCGCACACGGCAGCUGAUUCUCAGCAUAGCAAGAAUGGAAAGAAUCGCAAGAGAAUCAAGAAGGCGUUGUCCUCCAAAGAGCACAGUGGAUGCAAUUGUGGGCGCAGGUGCUGGAGGAACGUUACCUUCUCCGUGCUGCUUGAGACCUGCCAGCUUUUUUGGUCUUUGUGCAAAACAGCUCAAGAUGCUUUGCUUUGGUCUUUGCAAGCCACCUUUAUUGCUGAUUCUGACGGCGUCGAGAGCGUGGAUUCGGAUGAUGAGAAGUGGAGCCACCGUGUGAAUUGGUUCAUAUCAGGCAACGGUCGGGCUCAUCCUGCCCACGCUGCAGAGUCUUGCCACGUCUUUCUGCGUCAGCUCUACUACUCCAUCUCCGAGACAAUGCCAACUGGCAUUUUCAACAAAGACCAAGGCCAGGACCUGUCGCGGGAGGAUGCAAGGGAUAGCUUGCUGCGUUCUUUGCUGGACUCCGUGCUCGAGGGUCCUACCGCCCAUACAAGAAUCUCGCCGAAGCACUUGGCAAAACGUGAACUACCGCCAGGCAAUUGGGCCAACUUGUACCUUCUAUACCUGGCUGCAUGCAAGGCGCGCAAGACAGCUCCAGCUUCGAAGAGCACGUUCUACACAGCAGUCAAGGCCUGGAAAUGUUGCCUGAGAUUUCGAAAGAAAUCUACCCACGGCACGUGCUACACUUGCGAUGUAUUGCGUGCGAGAAUGAAGCAUGCAAAGUCGUUCUGGUCCCACGCCACAGCGACCGAUGCCCUUCUUGGCCAUUUGAUGACUACAUGGCGAUGUAGACAACAAUACUGGGCUGCCCGCGCAGCCAGCCGGACCCGACAGGACUUAAUUACGUUGAUCACUGAUGGGUUUGACAAAAGCAAGCCAACACUGCCGCGUUGGCCACGUGGUCGAAUGCCAAAAGGGGCCACAUUUGAGAAAUACAAUCGCCCCCACCUCAACAUCAGUGCAGUCUACGCCCAUGGAUACUGCUGCAAUGUGUUUAUGUCCGAUGAGUACAUGACAGUUGGAGGCAAUUACUCGUGGGAGACACUCCUCGUGACUCUCAAUGACUGCUUCAAGAUCCUUCGAUGGCGUGCGCACUGGUAUCUGCCGGUGUUUUUUCGGAAGUUGGUCACCACCACUUACCGAAAGGACACACUCAUGAGGUUGUUCGAGGAAAAGAUGACCCCGAUGUUCGAACAACGUGGCGAGAAAUUCAAUGUGUAUAUUGUGGACACAGCUGCCUGCUCUGAUUUCAUGACGUGUCGUGCAAUUUCCUAUGAAACUUCAAAGUCCUCAGGUUCGACAAUGGGACAAGAUUCUGCCUGA